AUGUCCUCAUUCACCGUUCUUCCGGUCGUGCUGCAGCUAUUCAUGCUGCUCUUCUUAACCUCUCCCGCCACCCCAUGCACCGAGCAGGAGAAGCACAACCUCCUCCAAUUCCUUGCCGGGCUGUCACGUGAUGGUGGCCUCACCACGUCCUGGCGUAACAAUGGCACAGACUGCUGCGAAUGGGAAGGCAUCUCCUGCAAUGGAGAUGGGGCCGUCACUGGGGUCUCCCUGGAGUCUAAAGGACUUGAAGGGCCCAUCUCACCGUUCCUUGCCAACCUCACCAGCCUGCUGCGUGUUAACCUCUCGCACAACUCAUUCUCCGGUGGUCUUCCAGCGGAGCUCAUGUUCUCUGGAAGCAUCAUCGUCCUCGAUGUCAGCUUCAGCCGGCUCAAUGGACCGCUGCCCAAGCUUCCGUCGUUGGUUACCACCGACCGGCCUCUGCAGGUACUCAACAUCUCAAGCAACCUGUUCAGCUCACAAUUUCCAUCAGCCACAUGGAAGGUGAUGAACAGUCUGAUUGCGCUCAACGCCAGCAAUAACAGCUUCACUGGGAACAUGCCGUCUUCUCUCUGCCUUGGGUCGCCAUAUUUGGCAUUGCUUGACCUCUGUUACAACCAAUUGAGUGGUGACAUACCAAACACGCUGGGUAAUUGUUCCAAGCUCAAAGUGCUCAAGGCUGGCAACAACAACCUAAGUGGGAUUCUCCCUGUUGAAACCUUCCAUGCUACCUUGUUGGAGUACCUCUCCUUCCCCAACAAUGUUUUACAAGGAAAACUUGAUGGAGCACGUAUAGUCAAACUCAGUAAUCUAGCUAUUCUUGACCUUGGAGGGAAUCGCUUCAGUGGCAAGAUUCCGCUGUCGAUAUGUCUGCUCAAGAGGCUGGAGGAGCUCCAUUUGGGUAGCAAUAACAUGUCUGGGGAGCUGCCAUCAACUCUGGGCAACUGUACAAAUCUCAGAAUCAUUGAUCUAAAGUCCAACAACUUCAUCGGAGAUCUAGGGAAGGUAAAGUUCGCCGCCCUACAGAAUCUAAAAGGUUUAGAUCUCAUGAGGAAUAAUCUCAGUGGUAUGGUUCCAGAAAGCAUUUACUCAUGCAGCAAUUUGACUGCACUGCAGCUGUCAGACAACCAUUUCCGUGGUGAAAUCUCAUCAAAAAUAGGCAAUCUGAAGCACCUGUCCUUCCUAUCACUUAGUAGAAACUCCUUCAAAAAUAUCACAAAAGCUUUGCAUGCCCUUAAGAGUUGCAGGAACAUCAGCGCCCUGGUUAUUGGCACAAACUUCAUGAAUGAGGCCAUGCCACAAGAUGGAACCAUUGACGGUUUUCCGAAUCUUCAACUUCUUGCGAUGGACUGGUGUUCAUUGACUGGAAGGAUACCUACUUGGUUAUCAAAGCUCACAAAUCUGAAGAUACUACAAUUAGCCAGUAAUCGGCUCACUGGACCGACACCAAGCUGGAUCAACUCCCUAAAUCACCUCUUCCUUCUGGACAUAUCAAACAACAGCCUUACUGGGAAAAUCCCAAUCACCUUGAUGGAGAUGCCAAUGCUAAAAUCAGACAAGGCUGCCAUCUAUCUGGACUCAAACCUCCUUGAUCUACCAAGUUUUUAUGUGGGCCCAUCACUUCAGUACCGCAUGGGCAGUGCUUGGCCCAAAGUGCUGAGACUUGGAAAGAAUAAACUCACCGGUGCAAUCCCCCAAGAGAUUGGUCAAUUGAAAACGGUUGUUUACCUCAACUUGAGUUUCAACAACUUUUAUGGAGAGAUUCCACAAUCAAUCUGCAACCUGACGAACCUGGAAGGGCUGGAUUUGUCUAAUAACCAUCUCACUGGUGCAAUCCCUGCCGCACUGGAGAACCUUCACUUCCUUUCGCACUUCAACAUUUCAAACAACGACCUAGGAGGACCUAUUCCAACAACAGGCCAGCUGAGCACAUUUCCGACCUCUAGUUUUGACGGGAAUCCGAAGCUGUGCGGUUCUCUGCUUAUUAGGGAUUGCAGUUCGGUUGAAGAAGCCCCCAUGUACAUCAUCUCCGCAAGAGAAUACAGCAUAAAGGUCAUCUUUGCGAUUGCAUUUGGUCUUUUCUUUGGGGUAGGGGUGCUAUAUGACCAGUUAGUAUUAUUCAGAUAUUUUGGCUAAGCCAAGUUCAAAUGUAAUAUGGUCUAGUAUGCAGAAGAUAGAGGUAAUU